AUGGCGGAAAACGCAGCUAAGCGACUGAAGACGUCCGAGGGCGGCGCAGGCGUCCGCAUCGGCACCCACAACGGGCACUUCCACGCCGACGAGGCCCUGGCCGUGUACAUGCUGCGCCUGCUGCCGACGUACACCGACAGCGAGCUCGUGCGGACGCGCGACCCGGCGCUGCUCGAGACGUGCCACACGGUCGUCGACGUGGGCGGCGAGUACGACGCCGCGCGCAACCGGUACGACCACCACCAGCGGACCUUCGACACGGUCUUCCCGGGGCGCGAGACGAAGCUGUCGAGCGCGGGGCUCGUGUACCUGCACUUCGGGCGUUCCAUCAUCGCGCGGCAGACGCAAAAGCCGGAGGACAGCGCCGAGGUCGGCUUGCUGUGGAACAAGAUCUACGAGUCGUUCGUCGAGGCCAUGGACGCGCACGACAACGGCAUCUCCAAGUACGACUCGGCGAAGCUCGAGGAGGCCGGCAUCGAGAAGCGGUUCAGCUCCGCGGGGUUCACGCUCGGCGCCAUGGUCAGCCGCCUCAACCCCAACUGGAACGACGCCCGGCCCGCCGACAGGGCCGAGGCGCAGGCCUGGGAGGACGAGAAGUUCGUCAAGGCGAGCGAGCGCCUCGGCGAUGAGUUCUCGCGCACCCUGAACUUCUACGCCAACGCGUGGUUGCCCGCGCGCACCGUUGUGGAGGAGGCGUACGCCAAGAGGAUGCAGUUCGACCCCGAGGGCCGGAUUAUGGUGUUCGAGGGGCAGUCCGUGCCCUGGAAGGACCACCUGUACACGCUAGAAGAGGAGGAGCAGACGGACAAGAAGGUGCUCUACGUGCUGUACGCGGAGAAGCAGACGCCGGAUGCUGCGUGGAGGAUACAAGCGGUGCCCGAAACCGAGAACUCGUUCCAGAGCCGAAAGCCGCUCCCAGAACCAUGGAGAGGUGCGCGGGACUCGCAGCUAGACGAGAUUUCGGGAGUCCCCGGCGGUAUAUUCGUGCACGCGUCGGGCUUCAUUGGAGGGAACAAGACUUUUGAUGGCGUCAAAGCAUUAGCGGAUAAAGCCUGCGCAUUCUAA